UUCCUCGCCUCACAGCUGCCUUAAAUCCCCCCCUCCCUCGCUCCUGUGCACGCGCCCCCAACGGUCGCCGAGUAACGAUGCAGUUUAUGUUGCUUUUUAGUCGUCAGGGAAAGCUGAGACUUCAGAAGUGGUAUGUCCCGUUAUCUGACAAAGAAAAGAAGAAAAUUACAAGGGAACUUGUUCAAACGGUCUUAGCCCGUAAACCGAAAAUGUGCAGCUUUCUUGAGUGGAGAGACCUGAAGAUUGUCUACAAAAGGUAUGCAAGCCUUUACUUUUGCUGUGCCAUUGAAGAUCAGGAUAAUGAGCUAAUAACCCUGGAAAUAAUUCAUCGUUACGUAGAAUUGCUUGAUAAAUACUUUGGCAGUGUAUGUGAACUUGAUAUCAUCUUUAAUUUUGAGAAAGCUUAUUUUAUUUUGGAUGAAUUUCUUUUGGGUGGGGAAGUUCAGGAGACCUCAAAGAAAAAUGUUCUUAAAGCCAUUGAACAGGCAGAUUUGUUACAGGAGAGCCAGAAUGAAGACUGGGGAGGUUUGUCUGAGGAUAUCUUAUGAUUAAGGCAGUCUAAAGCCUUAGCCUUUUGAUCCCCAUCCGUACGAUUGGUAACUACCAAAUCUACCAUUUUGGUGGCAUGGAUUACAUGGGUGCUUUGCAGAGAGGAGUUUUGCACGUGUAAAUGAAGCCCUUGCCUGAAAAGUAAAAAAGGGGAGCACAAAGGUGACUGGUGAUGGGCUUAACUCUCUGCAACAGUUG